AUGAUAAUUUUCUGUCUUUCAAUAAAUAUAAAAUUUUGUUAUUGUUUGUCUUUAUUAUUGAAUAAUUAUGUGGUAAUAAUUUAAUGGUUAUUUAUUUUAAAAGAAGAUUAUUUUUAUUUUUUAGAUUAAUUAGUUUUAUAUAUAAAUAAAUUGGAAGUCAUAUAGAUACAAACAAGAUUUUAACGAUCGAAUGAUGGAUUCAAUAUAAAAAGAUAGAUCUAUAUAUCUGUCUUAACAUAUGAGACAAAUUGUAAAGAUUGCUUAAAAUAUAGAUAGAGAUAAGCGAAGAAGGUAAUAGAUAAGCAAUUUAAGAGGUUGAUUUUUAAUAUUAUUAACUUUGAUAUAAAAGAAGAAAUGGUAAAAGAGUUAGUGCAAAUGAGGCAACUAACUGGAUUUAUUUUCAUCAAAAAAGAAAUAUGCUUAUAUUUUAAUAUUACUUUUAAAAUGACUUCAAAGGUUGUUAUUAUUUUAUAUUAAUUUUAAUUACAAAACAAUUAAAUUUAGAAAGUAAGAAUUUAAACAUUUUAACUCUUAAAAAAAUAUACAAAUAACAAACAAACAAAAAAACAAGUAAAAAAAGCAAAAAUUAAAAGUAAAAAAAAAUACAAAUAACGAGAGUAUAUAAUAAAUUGUUUAAAUAUUGUUUUAACUUAAGACCAUAGCUAGCACUAAAUUUAAGUAGAGAAAAGAGCUUUUGAUUUCUAUAUUAAAACCAUAAAUAAAUAAGUUCAAACAAAUAAGUUUAAAUUUAAAAGUUAGCUGCUACUUUGA